AUGACCACAUCCAAGUUUCUUUCUGGCGAGGAAAACAAGGGAAAGAUUCGAGUCGCAAUCAUUGGUGCAGGCCUCGCUGGACUUGCUGUCGCCAACGGUCUACUGAAGGACCCAGAGGAGAGAUUCGAUGUCCAGAUCUUUGAGCGAGACACGAUUGCAUUUAGCUCAGAGCGAGGCGGCUAUCAACUUCGCAUCAGCCGCAGUGGCCUGAAUGCCCUCAAGACAGUGUCCAGCCCUGAAGUCUGGUCUAAAGUCCGCGAGGUCUGGUCCGAGGACAAAGAGACGGCGCCUACGCUAGUUGACCCUUCUACCUUCAAGGCUCUCUUACGCCUAGAUGAGCACAAGUGGUAUCCCCUGAGCCGGUCUUUACCAGGACUCGGGCUGCGUCGUACGUUUCUGGAGCCGAUGCUCGCCCAAGGGAGGGUUCACUUCGGUUAUAACUUCCAGCGCUUUGAACUCAUUUCGGGUGAAAGACGUGGUGUGCGGCUGCAUUUCGAUGGUCACGACCCAGAGGAUGCCGACAUUCUCAUAGCAGCAGACGGCAGCAGCAGCCAGGUCAAUAAGCAAGUUGGCAUCAACAACAAGAUCAAGUUGCAGAGCCAGUUCUUGGUUCAAUCUCGGGGCCAUAUUCCACAAUCUGUCCGCGAUGAACUCCCCGAGUCGCUAGUCAGAGACGGCCCCGUCUUGUUCUUUGGCGGCAAGCAUGCCUUUGGGUAUGUGUCGAUCUACAAGAACACAGAAGAACUCAGUGUUGGUCAAAAGGCUUCAUACCAAUUGUUCUGGUCGAUCAUCAUAGCCAGAGCUCAUGGAGAAGAACUACUAGCCAAGGCCGGCUCGGAUCCUCAGAAGAUCGUUCCCCACCUCAUAGAAUACGUACGCAACGAGCUAGGCUAUGGCGAUCCUUUUGUUCGCAUCAUGCAAUCGGCGACUGAAUACAUUCGGACAGGCCCUUUGACCAGCUCUGUGAAGCCGGAUAAGGAUUGGCGAAAUGGAAUUGAUGAGAAUUCGAGAAUUCUCCUUGGCGAUGCCAUGCAUCUCAUGCCGCCGAGUCGUGGCAUGGGAGCAAAUCAGGCACUGACUGACGCUGCCAAUCUUGUUGAUCUGUUCCACAAAGCGACUUUCAGACAGGGUACGCCAUCUGAUCAAGAACUUGCCGCUUUGGUACGCACGUUCGAUGAAGAGAUGUUGAACCGUGCAUUCAACGUGGUGAAGUCUAGUGAGGCCCUGACCUCGCUGAAUUCGAGUAAGCUGACAGGCAGGAUGAUUGUAGCAUUUGUUGGAAUACUCAUGACCGCAGUGGGAUGGGUAUGCUCAUGCUUGGAGAUUGUCGGCUUGAAAGGCGAGCAAAAACUUGACUUUGUGUCGCAAAAUAAGUAG